CUUAAAAUCUGGAUUUUACUUUCACUUUGUCAACUUGUUUCUUACGGAACAGAAACUAGCUCGGUGAAAACUGUGGAGAAGGAGAAACAACCCACAGGCAAUCUUUGUGUAGUAGUUACGUUGACACAGCGUAAUACAGAGUUUGCAGAUGGCCGGAGAACCUGCUGAGCCAAUUGAACUGGGAGAUGAAGAGAAAGGAGGGAAGCUGAGUGGAGACGAAACAGACGCCAAACCUGACCGCAGAGGGAGAUUUCUGCUGUUUGGGAGUAGUAAGAAGAAUAAGGAUGGCCAGACGCGGGAGCAGGACUACUCUUCUGAAAGCCAUUACAGAAUUGUUUCACCAACAUUCCAGUAUAAGAUGAGCCACCAGCGAGUGGGCAAGUGUAUCAUCAUCAACAACAAAAACUUUGAUGAGAAGACAGGGAUGAAUGUACGCAAUGGCACAGACCGAGACGCGGGUGAGCUGUUCAAAUGCUUCAAGAGCCUGGGCUUCGAUGUCUUCAUCUACAAUGAUCAGACAUGUGAGAAGAUGGAGCGUCUUCUCAGAGAGGCCUCGGAGGAAGACCAUAGUGACAGCUCGUGUUUCGCCUGUAUCCUGCUAAGCCAUGGUGAGGAGGGCAUGAUCUACGGAACAGACGGAGCCAUGCCCAUCAAGACCAUGACCUCAUUGUUCAGGGGGGACAUGUGCAAAAGCUUAGUCGGGAAGCCAAAACUCUUCUUCAUCCAGGCUUGUCGGGGUUCCGAAUUUGAUGAUGGUAUACAGACAGAUUCGGGUCCGCCAAACGAUACCCUGGAGACAGAUGCUAAUCCAAGACAUAAGAUCCCUGUAGAGGCAGAUUUCCUGUUUGCCUACUCCACAGUGCCAGGGUAUUACUCAUGGAGAAACCCUGGGCGCGGCUCCUGGUUUGUCCAGGCGCUUUGCAACGUCCUCAACGAGUUUGGCAAGCAGCUGGAGAUAAUGCAGAUCCUGACACGGGUCAACUACAUGGUGGCCACCAGCUUUGAGUCUUGGUCUGAAGACCCACGCUUCAGUGAGAAGAAGCAGAUUCCCUGCGUGGUCUCUAUGCUGACGAAAGAACUGUAUUUCAACUGACCGCCAGUCUAACUGACUGUACUGUCUGAAACCACUGACUGACUGACUGACUGACUGACUGACUGACUGUUUCAGGUACCAACUAACUGGUCAAAGCAUUCAGGGAUGAUUCAGGCCCAGCAGGACACUGCACAUUUGGAGCGCAUAUGACAUUUUGCAUGUGUAGUUGGGCCCGAAAACAAGCACUCCAUGAGAAAAAAAAAAUAUUUACAGUGGCACUCCUCGUUCAUGUGUUGAUGGUGAAACUUCUUCUUCUUCUUCAGGUUAUUCUUCAGAAUAAUGGCGUCACAUUUGAUCUGAUCUUCUUUUGACAGGCCUUGUGAAAUAUCCAUGUUAUUCUACCAGCCCGGAAAAUUUGCUGCCAGUUUUUGUGGGUUUGGGGAAUCAUAUCUGAAUAUGUGUCUCUCCAUUUUCCCGCAUUUGCAAUGGAUGUUGAAAGGAACUGUAUUGAGUGGACAGGAGCCUUCGGGUGAAAUUUGGCUCUAGCAUUUAUUACAUGUAAUGGGUUCCGACUAACUCCAGAAACACACCAUAAACCUGUCUAAUGCAGUCCACUGCAUUUGUACAGUGUACAAUACUCUGAAUUGGAAACCAGGUGACAGAUGUUUCAAAAGCCUUUAUUAACCACUUCUUGUUUUGAUUUAUCUAAUUUUACAAAGCUACUUUACAAAAACAAUGUAAGGGAAGGUUCUUUGAAAUGCACUAGUCAGUCUACAGAAAUCCCCAUUAGGAAACUGAAUAGAGUGAUUACAAACACUUUGAUUGCCACCGGAGAGCUGAGGGAGCUGCCCUAAUUACAAACCCUGGCCAAUGCAUUGUUAGAGGGGAAAAAAGCAUCCGGGAAAUGGAUCAGAGCAUUUUCAGCUAUCUGUGUUUUAAUGUUUUCAGCUGUCAAUUGUCAGAAAAAGCGACAAAAGAAAAAGACAACUCUCCUCUGAGCAGAAAUGUGACGGUGCUUUUUGCCAAAGGCUCAGUGUCUCAGCCUUCCUAGCAAGUUUAAGUCGGUAGCGGCAUGCUGGCAUCCUCAGGUUCUUUAAUGUCCCGCGAAGUGGGUAAAUGUCGUGUUAAAGAAUGUCAUAUUCGUUUUGCUAGGAAGGUGCGUUCUUUUGCUGUGUAGUGAUUAGUUCUAUGAGAUUUCGGGUCAAGUGUGUUGUAUAUAGUCCACUCCUAUAAAAGCAAGGAUUAUUUGCAAUUUGCCCAGUUUUCUCAGCGUGAUGUUGAAGACUUCACUUGCUUGUUGUUCAACCCAGAGUAAGCAGAGUUCAUGUAUUUGCACAAGAUCAAAAUUACGCACUUGUCGUAUUAGUCAGGGUCCAACAAAUAUUCAGUAUUUGAAUUUCCCUUAUUUUAUCUUUAAAGUUAGACAUUCCUCUUUAAUACCUGUAAUAGAUAAUAUGAUACAUGCUGUAGGACUUUUACACAGAAAGAGAACCUAAGAAUGUCAAAAACUAUGUCAUAAGUUUGGGAAAUAUCAUAGUGUAAAGCUGGGCCCAAAGCACAAAUGCCACAUCAUUUCACUGUAUAUUAGUGUUGUACAUUGUCAUAACAUACACUACAGUCUAAUAAGAGGUACCCAGCAAGUCUUCCUAGUUAUAUUUGUAAAGUUGAUCUUUGAUUUAGAAAGAUUUAAAAGCCCAAAUUGUAAAGUAAUAAAAAAAGAUCAUUUGCUUUUAUACAAUAUUUUGAAGCACAUAGUGCACCAUGCCAAGUUUUUAAUCUAGUAAAUUAAUUCAGUUAUAUGGUCAAAUCUAAAAUAUAUAUUUUUAAUAUAAUAGACAUUUGCUGAUGGUCAUUACAACUUACACAAAGUUUGUUUCUACAAAUGUGCUGUGUCAUUGUCCCAAAGUCUGUCAAUCACAGAGGCAGCUAUUACUGGUGGUGACAAGUCUGAACAUACACAAUCCACAAUGUUUUUACAUUAUUCACAUGAUUGCAUGUGUCAGUAACUUAGGGGAAAACUUCAGCAAUAUGUGUAGUUAUACUUUACUCUUCACUCCUUGUAUUCUUUUUUUUUUUUUUACACUUUUACAUAAUAUUUAUAGUUACCAGAAGUGUUAUCACUCCUGGCUUCGGUUAGAGACGUGUACCAUUCUACAUCCAGUGCACUUGUCCAAUACAGCCACAAUUCUUGAAUCCUUUCAACACAUGGAUCUCUGAUCAGUGAUGUGGUGCCCAACCUGUGCUGAAAGGAGUGUUUGCUCCACUUGUUUUGGAAUGGAACUGAAGGAGGGGGAAAAUAAUCUUUAGGGGUAAAAUUUUAAAUGCUUUCCGGUGUUAAAUGCUGUUGUCCUCAGGAAUAUAUUUGAAAAGAUUUGGAAAAAUGAAUGAAUGAAUUAUAUUGAAAGUAUAAUCUGGCCCAUUUUUUUUAUUUUAUUUGGGGCAAUACCUUGUUGAAAUAACUUCAAAACAGAGGAAUGCUUAUGUAAACAUCUUAUGUAUUAAACAUGAA